AUGCCCCAGGAAUCCCCGUUCAAUUCCAACACAUUCGGGAACACGCUCUCGCUUCGUGUGGACGGGAAUUUCCUGUCGACCAUGUCUAUUGCUCCAAGCGGGCGCGACGUUGUUUUGGCGGGAAGGAAAGGUCUUUUCGUCAUCGACCUCGACGACCCUUUUGCUGCUCCUCGCUGGCUCCACCACCAGACGUCCUGGGAGGUUGCCGACGUGCAAUGGUCGCCUCACAAGAGCAAACCAUCGUGGGUGGUAUCCACGUCUAACCAAAAGGCGAUGGUCUGGAACCUGGCCAAACCGUCUCACAACGCUAUAGAACAUGUCCUCCAUUCUCAUACAAGAGCGAUCACUGAUAUAAAUUUCCACCCUAACCAUCCCGAGUUGCUGGCCACGUGCUCUGUUGACACUAUGGUGCUAUCGUGGGACAUGAGGAGCCCCCAAAAGCCAAUAAACAGCUGGUCUGACUGGCGUGCUGCUGCUUCGCAGGUCAAAUGGAACCACAUGAACUCGAACGUUUUGGCAUCUGCACACGAUAACAAUAUCCUAAUAUGGGACAUUCGGAAGGGGGCCAUUCCGCUUGUGAAAAUACAAGCUCACAAUGCGCGAAUCAACGGGAUCGACUGGAGCAAAACCGAGGUCAACAAGAUUAUUUCCUGCUCCAAUGAUAUGAGUGUCAAGUUCUGGGACCAAAGCAAGCCAGAGAAGGCCAUAUACACCAUCCGAACAGACUUUCCGGUGAGCAGGGCGCGCCAUGCGCCGAUUGGAGAUCACAUUUGCGGCAUCAUGCCGUCGCGUGGUGGACAGAACUCCAUAUACAUUGUGAAAUAUAAAGACGAAGUAGGAGAAAGCAAAUUGAAGCCAAGCUAUAUUUUCAAGGGACACACCGAGCCGGUCAAGGAUUUUCUGUGGAGAAGCAGACACUCGCCAAAUGCCGAGGUGGACGACCGCGAGUUUCAGCUGGUGACAUGGUCUGCAGACUGCGAUCUUCGUCUGUGGCCUAUCCAGGAGGACGUUUACGACAAUUUUAACUACACAAGAAACCAGCCACUAGUUGAUCCGUUGCCAGACUACAGCUACGAAACUUAUCGUCGCGAGCCGCCAGUUACUUCAGAAAAUAACCUGAUCAUCCGGCGACGGAGGAACACCAACCUCAUUUCCAGCAGAAACAGCUUCACGUUGCGGAAUGACCAAUUCAACCACCUUAACUGGAUUUCGGGUAUCCGAAUUGGCCAGUCGGCUAUCCAGCAGAUGGACGUCCAAGUUGGGGACAGCACGCAACCGGCCAAUUUGGCGGAGGAGGUUGGAAACGUGGGCCACAAAUUUCCCAAGGUGAGAUUUGAAAGGAUUAGUGUGUCCACUGGCAACUUGGUGAUAUCUUUGAAUGGUCCGUGGAAGGACGAAUUAAUAUUUAUUCGCGUGGAGAUCGAUUUCCCCAAGGAGUACCCAUCGCCCAAGGGAAUUCCCAAGUUCUCAAUUGAGGAGACACACGAGCUCACCGAUGAGAACAGCAAGGAGAUGCUGGCGCGCCUGGAUGAGAUUGCCAGCAAAUAUUGUUCGCUGCGGAAAUUCUGUCUCGAGCCCUGCCUACGAUUUUUACUUGGGGAAAAAGUCAAUUUAGACAUCGAGCAGGAGGAGGACUUUCUGACGCUAGAUCCAUUCUCUAUUCCGUACGAAGAUGCCAACGAGAGCGAUAACAGUGGUGGAAUUUCUUCCAUGUCCGACAGAGACACGGGCAGUGACUCCGAGGACGAGACUGCUGCAAUCGUGGACGUCAACAAGCCGACUUUUGACAGCACGCCGGUCCCAAAGGGCUGUGGGGCCAUUUGGACGGCCAGUGGCCAUCUCGUGUGUUUCUUCAUCCCCAAAGAGGACAAAAAGGCUCCGCAACAAGUGUUCAAGUUUGGGCAGCAAGGAUUCAGUCUAGCAAACGGGCUGAAAACCAAGAAAAUUGAACACGGAAUGGAGCUCCCCACCUCUGCCGAUGCAGACUCCGAGGACGACGUUUCUAGUCUGAGCUCGGAGGCCAGCUUUUCCAACGACCUCGACAUUCUUCAAUACGACAGGCUGUACAAAACCAAGCUUCCACUGGAGAACGUGGCAAGUAACCCUGGCACUCACACUUCAAAGUCGAAACAAAGCCGCAACGUAGUGAAAAUUCACGAUUUCCGUCACUUGAUACCUGCCAAAAUGGAGCUGGCCUUUGAGUACAGAGUUUUGGGAGACACCCCUGAAAAUCUGGCUAAGUGCAACGCGCUGGUUGCAGAAAAAUACGGAUACAAGAAUUUGGCCGACUGCUGGAAAAUUCUCUCCAUUAUCCUGGUCAAGGAGGACGAGCCCACGGAUAGCUACAAGUUUUACUGGGGAGCACACCCCUUUGGAGGCAGAUGGCUUGCAAAAAUGAUCAUGAGUUACUAUGAGCGACUGAAUGACGUCCAGAUGCUGGCAAUGCUGUCCUGUGUGUUGAGCCCUAUGGGCUCGUACCAUCACAUUCUGUCGCAGAAUCGGCUUUCUUCGGUAAGCACGGCCUCGAUAUCCGAAAGCCUUGUUGGGUCUCCUGGAGAGUUACAUGUCUCUAACCGACGUGGCAUCCGUCCUCAAAGCAUAGCUCUAGGCCACCACACACCAGGCGACUCGUACUCAAUGCAGCUGGGCCGCUCUCCGGGCGCCAUGUCGUCAUCCUCGUUGUCCUCUGCUGGCAACGUCUUCAGCCAGGCUUUUCAGAAAUCGCUCAACACGACGGCUCCUGCACCUCCUGCCGCACCGGCUCCAGUGCCGAAAGUAAACAUUCAGAUGAUCAAUACGGACUCGCUGGAUCUCUAUGAGGACGCCUAUUCAAUGUCUCUACUGGACAACCUAGACAUUGAGCGGCUACAGAUGUACAGAGCAGAGUACGCCAACCUGUUGUUCUGCUGGGGCCUUCCCGUUUCGAGAGCGAAAAUUCUCAAAUUCAACCACCGCAGCUCGGAGAUGCCGUCAAGCUCAGAGCACCGUGGCGAAGUCGGCUGGCUCAAGCCAGUCGGGAAAAGCGUAUGGGACAGUGUUCGCACGCAGCGGAAAUGCCACUAUUGCAACCUGCUGAGCCGCAAAAGGCUCGUUGUUUGCACGGUUUGCAACCAUCUUCUGCACGCUUCGUGUGCGCUUCAGUGGUGGGAGCAGGAGAAGAUGGAGGAGUGCUGCAGCGGGUGUGGUUGCAGGUGUCUGGAGCACCGACUUCGAAAAGUGCAAGUGUAAAGUAGUGUACCAACAAACGGC